AUGUCAUGGAUAAGAAAAUGGUCAGGAAAAGAAAAAGGUCAAGUUGACCUUGGAUGUCACCCUGACACCCCAGCCGCUCGACAACUGGGUACAAACCCUGGCAACUAUGAGACCAACAGUACAACGGUGGACGUCUGUAUGAACAUGUGCUCAGAACUUGCUUAUGAAUAUGCCGGCCUCACCCAUGGCAAACUGUGUUUCUGUGGCAACAACCUGACCUCGGCCAUGGUGUCAUCGUCCACGUGUGGUCAGGCCUGUACUGGGAACAGUGGUCAGUUGUGUGGGUCAGACACGGUUCACCUGAAUGUCCAUCAGCUAACCUUACUGCCCAUGUCCAGUCUGACCAUCGACCUGCCAGGUAGGGAUUGUGGAAUGAUAUCAAUGAGCCCUUACUGCCAUGUCCAGUCUGACCAUCGACCUGCCAGUCUGACCAUCGACCUGCCAGCCAUCAUAGAGACCUACAGCAGCACGUCAGUAGUGUUCAACGUGACUGGAGGCAGUGAUGUCACCAUUGCUGGCUCUAUCUCAGACGGGAGCCCGGGCUUCUCCCUCCCCCCAUCUGUCUCCUGGCUCACCCACAAUCUGCAGAGCCCGGGCAUAGCUGUCAUCAAGGCCACUGCCUUGGACAGCAACAACAAGACAGGACAAACAAUGAUCAAGGGUGUGACAGUGAGCUGCCCAGAUGUGGUGACCAGCACUGAGCGCUUUGAAUGUUUUGUGACCAUCACCAUGGGAACCAACAUGUACAUUGAGGCUGACCUUGGGGAUGGCACCAUCGUUCCUCUGAACAGCACAGAUUGUGGCAGUUACACUGCUGGCCAUUCAUCUGGUCCUGUUUCCAUAGCAACCCAUCCUGGUACCGGGAAACUGUACCUGAUAUCCGGAGCAGAAUUCCACCAGAAUGGCUCCAUCGUUGGUUUCUCUUACAACGCUGAGAGUGCUGGAACCAUGACUGUACAGCCCCUGGGCGAGCGAUGGAAGCACCGCUGUGGCGCCGGCACCAUCUACAGUAUCUCUCAGCAAAGCUGCGUCUACCAGAAUAGUGGCCAAGUUGUGGAGACAACAGGCAAUCAUGUCAGUGGGACAUUUCAGUUCGUAGCAGAGAUCUCUGUUAGUGUUGCCAGUACCGGGGCUGGGUUUUAUCAGGUGCCAGAUGGAAGCAUUCUGACUGUUCAACCAGGAGACUUCUUGGCUCUCGUAGAGAACACUGCGCAGUUACAGAUCAUCUCGGCCGCGGUGGCUGACUACGAGUAUUACUACCAUGUAACCUCUGAUACGGCCUGGCAGGGAAGAGCAACAACUGGUUUUACCAUAGAAGCGGCUGGAAAUCUUCUUCAAGCAGCCCAUGCUAUUAAAGCGCAUGUCAUCAGGCCUGUGAGAAUAAGGUUCAGACACACAUACUCUGCAAUGAAUUCUGCGGGCUUCAAUGUCACAGUGAAGACGGCAAACAACAUCUCGGCCUUUGCUAUUUCGAGACCUAUUGAGGUUCAAGUGCGAAUCUUGAAUGUCAGCAUUUCUACACAUCAAACCACUGUUCCCACAAAUGAGACUAUAACACUCAAUGUGCCUGCCCACCCUGGCAGUGAUGUUAUGUAUACCUGGGAUUUCGGCGAUGGUGUUUCCAUAGCUGUGGAAAAUGCAAGCAUAGGUUACACAUGGUCAGAGGCUGGAGUGUAUAAUGUAACCCUGUAUGCUGCAAAUAACAUCAGCUCAGUAUUAACAUCGCUGUUGGUCACCAUUCAAGACUCCAUACAGAACCUUACUCUGGGGUCCCAAGGACCUGGCAUUGUCAUAUUCACUCCUUCCCUGUACACGUGGAACAUCACACACGGUACCAAUGUGAGCCAUGUUCUGAAUAGGAACCAAUGUGGGUAA